AUGACCACAGCAGUUUUAUUUGUACAAAACACCAGUGUUAGUAGCAUAGCGUCUUUUAAUGAUAAAAUAUCUAAUGAAAUACCCAAGAUUCUUGAUCCUUGGUCGUUCGAGUUGAAAAUAUAUCGUACAAAUGCCAUUGUGGGUAAGCUUCUAGCGGGAAUGAAUCAACAAAAUACCACACAGGCCAAAGAAUUGAUCAGCAGAGUAAUGUACACUUUGAAUCUUUCAUACACCCCAAAACAAACAAUAUCAAUAGUCAAUAACGAAGUAACCAUUUUCAAUACUGAUAGACUGAAAGGCGACGAGCUUUUAGAUCAUGGCUGCUCCACAGGGUUUUAUGAUCCGAUAGAUUCGAUAAUCCAGAACAAGUUGAAUGCUUUAUGGCAACCGCUUCAAGGUUUGAAAGGGGAAGGUGGUAACUCUUAUGAAGUAACAUUGGAUGAGGAAGAUGUGUUCAUUAUCAGAACCGCCAAUUGUUUUUUGCACGGUGGAUUCAAAGGAUUUCUUGUGGAAAUGACAUAUGAGAAAGGAGGCGAAGAUGGAGAGGAGAAAAUCAAAUCAUUGAUCAAAAAGUUAAAUUUUCCAAAUGGAAAGUUAAGCUUUGACAAAUUGGGAGAUGGCAAAGAAAAUAAAUUCUUUGGAGAUUUGGCAUUCCAAUAUACUCAGGCAUUACAGAUUUGA